UCGGGUUUAAAAACCCUUCGUCAGGUUGAGGAUUUCUGAUAUACAGAUGCAUCCCGCGGUCAUUAAGAUAGACGAUUAGAGUCUGUGAGCGCGAAUGGCCACAAGUAACAACGUCCUUGAUGAUUUCCUCAGGGAGGGAAGAUGCCACCCUUGCAUCGGACCCCGCCACGCCUCAAGCGAGCCCCUUUUCGGAAGAGGAAGGGGUCUCUUGGGCUUGUGCGAUCGUGCAAAUCGUUCAAAGGACGGGGUGGUGGCUUCUGGCAACCAGCAUGGCAAACUUGACAAGUGACAAAAGAUGGCAUCCUACUUAGCAAAAGAAGUUCAGCUUGCUAGAAGACAUGAAGAGAUACUGUCUCAGAGAUCAGUAUUGCUACAGCAGAUGGAGAAUCAUCUAGGAAACAAGGAGACUGAAAAGACAUGGCAAGCACAAGCAGCUGAUGCAGCUUAUAAAAGAAAUGCAGCACUUUUAAAUGAUAUUGAAGCUGUAGAAAAGAAACUGCAAGCAAGAGCACAUCAGCUUCCACAUCCUGAUAUUGUUAAGUUAGAAACCGUCUAUUGGGCAUCAGUUGAAGAAGCUCUUCCCAAGUGGGAGCAGUUUCUGUUAGGAAGAGCACAAACUCCUGUUGGUUUUAAGAAAAUGAAUCCUACGAAACAGAACCAAUAUGACCAACUAGCGACCAGCCCAGCAAAAACAUCAACACCUGCUGAAACUUAUUCCUCCUCAGACACUCCUGACCACACUAUGCAAGGUGGGAGUCACAGCUUUGAAACUCUGAGUUGAUGAGGACUACUGGCAACUGCUACAGCCUCAACCCUUCUUAGGUUUUCCUGAAAUUGUCAUUACAUGCUGCUUUUCAUCUCAGAACAGUUUCUCUAGGAAGUUUGGUACAAAGCUGGAAAGGGAAAUAUAAAGUUACAGAAGU